CUAUUUGAGCAAUCUUAGCUGCUUUCUACAAAAUGCUUAAACAACCUUAGCUUAGCUUGACUACAAGGCCAAGAUAAAUCCAACUGAAUUAUUCCACCAGGUAAUUAAGACUUAAUUAUUACCUUGGCUCUGAAGUAAGGUCCAUACAAACUAGAGAAGGUGUAACUGGGCAGAGAAUCUUGCCUUUGUCAUCAGAAGUUGUCAUCUGAUAGGACCAUGACCAGACUGGGAUUUCAGCUCUUAUGUGAAAUAUACAAUUGAAAGGAAAUAAAAGCCUUUAAAGUGCUUAGCAUCUACCUGACUUGGAGCAAGAGCUCAGUAAAUGUUAACAACAAUAUUUCAAGACACUGAUUUCAGUAAGGUGAGAAACAUUAACUUUGUUGAGCUCCUUCACUCUCCCCAAGGGACUCAAUCUUUGGAGGAAAAUGAAGAAGAGUAUGGAGAACGUCCCAAGUUAAAACCAACAGUCCACAUUGUCUCCAUGGUCAAGAAUAAUCUCACCACAGUAACUGAAUUCAUUCUCAUGGGCUUUAUGGACCACCCCAAAUUGGAGAUUCCCCUCUUUCUGGUAUUUCUGAGUUUCUACCUAGUCACCCUUCUUGGGAAUGUGGGGAUGAUUAUGUUAAUCCAAGUAGAUGUCAAACUCUACACCCCAAUGUACUUCUUCCUGAGCCACCUCUCCCUGCUGGAUGCCUGUUACACCUCAGUCAUCACCCCUCAGAUCCUAGCCACAUUGGCCACAGGCAAAACGGUCAUCUCCUACGGCCACUGUGCUGCCCAGUUCUUUUUAUUCACCAUCUGUGCAGGCACAGAGUGCUUCCUGCUGGCAGUGAUGGCCUAUGAUCGCUAUGUUGCCAUUCGCAACCCACUGCUCUAUACCGUGGCCAUGAAUCCCAGGCUCUGCUGGAGCCUGGUGGUAGGAGCCUAUGUCUGUGGGGUGUCAGGAGCCAUCCUGCGUACCACGUGCACCUUCACCCUCUCCUUCUGUAAGGACAAUCAAAUAAACUUCUUCUUCUGUGACCUCCCACCCCUGCUGAAGCUUGCCUGCAGUGACACAGCAAACAUCGAGAUUGUCAUCAUCUUCUUUGGCAAUUUUGUGAUUUUGGCCAAUGCCUCAGUCAUCCUGAUUUCCUAUCUGCUCAUCAUCAAGACCAUUUUGAAAGUGAAGUCUUCAGGUGGCAGAGCCAAGACUUUCUCCACAUGUGCCUCUCACAUCACUGCUGUGGCCCUUUUCUUUGGAGCCCUUAUCUUCAUGUAUCUGCAAAGUGGCUCAGGCAAAUCCCUGGAGGAAGACAAAGUCGUGUCUGUCUUCUACACAGUGGUCAUCCCCAUGCUGAACCCUCUGAUCUACAGCUUAAGAAACAAAGAUGUAAAAGAUGCCUUCAGAAAGGUCACUAGGAGACUCCAGGUGUCCCUGAGCAUGUAAAUCUAAGUAAGAGGAAUUCUUGUUUUGGUCCACUUUCUUCCCAUAUGAAUAUAUCCUAAUAGGCACCAUUACUAUAUGCAACCUAUACCCACAAACAGAGAAGAUAGAAGAUAGGUACCACCAGGCACACAGGAAAAACUACAAUUGUGGUGAAAUUAGUUUCCAGCAAUUCCAUGUUCUUUCUUCUUAUCCGCUUCUUCCACUUUCAAUCCAUUCCUUAGCACUGGGCAGUCUCUUAAUAUUCUCUAAUGUCACAACUUAUAGAAUCUCAGAUCCCAGGAGUCUUGAGUUUAUUUCAUUCCAACCCAAUACUCUCUGAACUCAUGCCUGGGCUUGCCAUCCUUUCCCUCUUGUUUUUGCUCCCAUCAAUCCCACUUUUAUCUCUGUGCCAAAGAUUAUAUCUGGGGACCUCUGUGAAUUGCACAAAUUGGCCUUUUUGUCUUUUAAUAUGAAGGACUGAUCACCUCACUAAGCAGGGAGUACUGUAUAAGGAAAAACUCAGUCUCCAACUGGCCAAGGGAAGGAAGUUUGAGAAAUGAACUUCUCUCUUCAGAAGAGACUUGUAUCACCCCCUUAGAGUGUCUUCCUUCUUGCUCAGGCCAGAACAAUAGAACUUGAAAUUUUCCUUAUCACUUGAUACCUUACUGGUUUUGUUGUUCCUUUUUUUAAUGUUACUUUGGUAUCUUCAAGAUGAAAUGAACCAUCCUACCUUUGGGAAUGUCUCCUCAAGCUCUCUCAUUUCUGAAGGCCAUGGUACAUUGCUUCUCCUCCUCACCCUAUUGUGUGUCUCAGGAACAGUUCUCUCCUACCAAGCAACCCAUUUCCAGGAAGAGCAAAUCAGAGAGCACCAACAGAUAAAUUGAAAGACAACUGAACCCCAUAUUACUUUCUCUAAUGAAGAUCUGGUGAGAGGGGAAGUAAUCAUGACUCCUGUACCAGACUGUAAAACCCUUGAGAACAGAAUGUUUUCUUCACUGUUGAGUCCAAAGCCUUUCGAAAGAAUUUGUAUGGUACAUGCUUGUUCCUAUUUGAGCCUUCUGGCAACUCUAUGGCAAAUGGGAAAAACAUAGUUUAAUGUAAAAUUCCCAUUUUGCAAUUAAGGAAGUACUUCCUCAUGAGUCAAAGAGUACUCGGAGUAUACAGCAGUAGACAAGGGAUGGAGUCAGGCUUGAAUCAGAAUCCUGAUUCCACCACUGAUUUAUUAUGAGACUUUGGGUAAAUGAUUUAAUUUUGCAGACCUAAAACAAGUAUAACAAUUCCCAAUUCAAGAGGAUAUUGUAAAAAUUAAAUAAAAUGAUGAAUAAGAAAUAGCCAAGCACUAAUCAGAUGUUCAAUAUAGAUUGCUUUCUUAUUUUCUCUUCCAUUUCCCUCACUUUCUGAUGUCAACCCUGGACCCUUGCUAGAAUUUAAUGGCCAUUGACAAAAGCAAAAUAGAUCACCAACCAAUGAUGGUAAAAGUCAAUGAAAGCAAUGAACUGAGGAAGAUGUAUAACUCAAUCCUUUGCACCAAGGAAUAAAACAAACGAGUACUUACCUGGAAAGGUGGAGUGCAUGUAUCUAUAUCCCACAUAGUCAAGAAUAAUAAAAGGAUGUAUUUGUAAGUGAAUAUGUUAUUUUAUGAAUAUAUGAACUCCUCUACCCAGCUUUGAUUUUAUGAAAAGUUGAUCCUCAUUGCCUCUCCAUAUGGAAACAACAAUUUUAUUAAAAUAAUUCACCAAAUAUCUUGUAGUUCACUGAUUCAGAAAUAAGCACCUGACC